AUAAAAUUAAUCAUUUUAUUUAACAUUUUUAGAAUUAAUUUAUCAAAAACGAUUAUUUUAACGAUUUUACACAGCAACGAUAUCCACGGUAAUUUCGCCGGUGAUGAUGACGGAUUUGGUGGGAUUCCAAAAACGUUGCAUUUAGUGACACAAAUAAAAUCUACUUCAACGGAAGAUAACCCAAUAAUUUAUUUAAACGCGGGUGAUAUUUUCACGGGAACCAUCUGGUAUAGCAUCCACAGAACGAAUAUAGCAGCCGAUUUUGUUAAAUUAAUGCGAGCAGAUGCUUUUGCGCUAGGUAAUCACGAAUUUGAUGAAGGUCUCGAUGGGUUGGAGAAUUUUUGCGAUAAAAUCAAUCAAUCCUUGUUAUGUGCAAACGGAGAUUUCUCACAAGAAGUGAAUAUAAAGAGAUGUAUCCAACCAAGCGUGAUAAUAACCCCGAAUAAUAGCAAAUUAAAAAUUGGAGUUAUUGGUUACAUAAAUUCUAAAACCGGUUCGUUAACGAAAGUGGGAAAAAUUAAAUUUUCCGAUGAAAUCGAAGCUGUGAGGAAAGAAGUUGAUGUUUUAAAAUCGAAAGGGGUUAAAAUAAUCAUCGCUUUGGGUCAUUCUGGAAUUGAGACUGAUAAAAAAAUCGCGCGAGUUAUCGAUGGUGUUGAUGUCGUCGUUGGGGGGCAUUCCCACACUUUUUUAUACACCGGGGAUCCCCCUACUAAUGAUGUAGCCUACGGCGAUUAUCCGGUUGUCAUUCAAAAUUUAAAUGGAGCGCAAAUUCCCGUUGUUCAAGUAGGAUACGGUGGAAAAUAUUUGGGGAUUUUAAACCUCACCUUGGAUUUAGAAGGAAAUGUUUUAGAAUUUAUUGGCAAGCCUGUAUUGCUUGAUGAUAAAAUCCCGGAUGAUAAAGAAGCUGUGGAAUUAUUAAACAUCUAUAGAUCAAACAUAACAAAUUUAAAAAAUGAAGUGUUAGGAAUCAGCCGAGUUUUCCUUCAAGGUGGUUAUUACUGCCGCUUAAACGAGUGUAAUUUUGGUAACUUAAUGACAGACGCGUUUUGUGAAUACAAAGCAGAUAAAUUUGUCGGAUCAAAUUUGUAUUGGACCGAUUCCCCGAUCGCUUUAGUUAACGCGGGUACAUUCUCAGCCAGCAUAAAUUGCACCAAACAAGAAGGAAACAUAACAAUCGCCGAUUUAUACGCAGCUUUACCAUUCGGAGAUAAACUGGUUACUUUGCAACUAAACACAUCAACGUUACUUCAAAUGCUUGAAAAUUCCGUAAAAUCGAACGGCGAAACAACUUACGGGGAAUUUUUACAAGUUUCUGGAUUAAAAAUUGUUUAUGAUAUGAACAAAAAACCGAAUCAACGUGUCGUUAAGGUUAUGGUGAGGUGUUCGAAAUGUGAUGUGCCAUAUUUCGAGCCGAUUAAAAAUAAUUCGAGUUAUACGGUAAUAACGAAUUCGUUUCUUUCGAAGGGGGGAGAUGGGUACGAUUUUUUGCAAUUUAAUGAUUUCGCACGAACCCACGAGGAAGUUACCGAUUUAGAUGUGGUUAGAAAAUAUGUUAGUUUAUCUGGAAUCGUUCAAGCUAACUUAGAAAAUCGAAUAACUAUUAUUGCAAAGAGAAAUAACGGAGGAAAUUUGGAAAAUAAUAUUUUUUAUAACUUAAUGCUUAUUAUUAUUAUGUUACAAAAUCGUGCAUAAUUGAGUUACCUAAUUAAUACACUGAAAUACAUGUUAAUGUCAUAUUAACACAAAGUUAGUGUCAAACAACGUACCUCCUCGGUCGCAAAUGGCUUAAUACGCUGAAAUAUAAGUUAAUGUAAAUAUUAAGCCGAGGUCGCUUGCGGCCGAGGCGCUACAUUUCAUAUCAUAUCAACACAAGGUUGGUGUGAAAUAACAAAGCCACAAGCGAACUUGGUUUAAUACACUGAAAUGCAUGAUUAUACUGUAUUGUAUGACACUGUAUUAAACCGUGAUCGCUACACAGUUAAUACCAUUUGACACUGUAAUGUUUAUUUUGUAAAUAGAAAUACAGUGAUGACUAUAAUCCGUUGCUUAUAUUUAGA